AUGAAUAGACUUUUUGGACAGUCAAGGGCUAAGGGGCCGGCUCCAAAUCUGACAGACUCUAUUGCUAAUAUAGAUGCUAGAGGAGAUAGUGUGGAGAAAAAGAUACAGAAACUCGAUGUUGAGCUCAAGCGAUAUUCCGAUCAAAUGAAGAAGAUGAGAGAUGGACCAAGUAAGAAUAUGGUAAAACAAAAAGCCCUGAGGGUACUGAAACAGAAGAGAUCAUACGAGGGGCAGUUGGAAGGCAUCAGGAACCAGUCAUUUAAUAUGGAGCAGACUAAUUAUACCACUCAAAUGUUAAAGGACACAAAGACAUCAGUGGAUGCCAUGCAGACGGGGCUAAAGCAAAUGAAGAAAGAGUACAAAAGCGUUAACAUUGACAAGAUUGAGGACCUCCAGGAUGAUAUGGUUGAUAUGAUGGAAGAUGCAAAUGAAAUCCAAGAAAUCAUGGGACGUCAAUAUGGUAUGCCAGAUCUUGAUGACGCUGAUUUGGAAGCAGAGCUGGAUGCUUUAGGUGAUGAAUUGUUGUUCGAUGAUGACAUGAGUUAUUUGGACGAAGCUGCAGAGGCUCCUACCAAUGUGCCUGGAUCUAGUGCGAAAGAAGAUCCUUCUUCUACUCAACUUGAUGAGUUUGGUCUCCCUGCUCUGUCUUAA